AUGGAAGAACGAUCGGAACGGGAAGAGCGCGUUCGGCAGCGUACUUCGGCAGCUUGCGAUGCAUGCCGUACGAGGAAAGUCAAGUGUGUCGCGUCGACCAGUGAAUCAAAAUGCUCGGUCUGUACUGAGCUCAAUAUCGAGUGUACAAGUAUAAGACCGCGGAAAAAGAGAGGACCAAAGAACCGAUAUGUACACUCAUUACGGGCGCGCCUUGACGGCAAUGGCACGUUUGCAGCGGAAAGCGAACCUCAGCAACCGCGUUUGGGGCUCAUAGCACCGCCUGCCAUUAUCCACCAAAUUACGACUGACUGGUUCGAUUGGAUUCAUCCUGUAGCUCCGCUCUUUCAUCGUACUCUAUUUAUGCGAAGGAUAUCCGAGGACGACGGCUCGAGGGCGUUCUUCCUGCUAGUAGUAUCAGUCUGCGCUGCCACUGUGGCUAGCCUUCGUAGGCGGCGCCACCUCUACGGGGAAUUAUCGGUAGAAACGUGUCUGGAUCUGGCUGAACGCUUCAGAAUGUGGAACGUGAGCAGCGAGAUCACACUAGAGAGAACAUUGGCGCUGUACAAUUUUUCCAGCGCUGUCAACCAUGAGCACGGCCUUGGUUCUCCACUGACCUACCGCCUCUUUGCUGGGAGUUCGGUCGGCAUCAAGUACCUCAUCCAUGAGAAUUUCGAGCGAAUGUCAUUCAUGGAUCAGCAAACCCUCAAGCGCCUUUACUGGCUGAUUUAUGCCGGCCAGUGCACCUGCGAUAUGCAUGGCAGACAGCUACUGGUGCUGCGUCAUGCGCAUGAAGCUUUCGGUCAUCUAAUUCCGUUGGAGAUUAGCGACAUACAGUUACUACAUGGUGCUGACGCAAGCUCCACUGAAGACACCGGUCCGUGCUUUUCGUAUGUCCCGGGACUCAACGUACUUUCCAGGCUCUUCAUGGUAUGGCAUUCCAGCCAAGCGAUCACAACUCAGACUAUGAGUAAUUUACAUGAGCACAUCAUGCGCGCUCAGCAAUUGCUUGAAGACGUGCCCCCAGAACUCGCGUGGCGACCGCCUCAUGCCGUUGGACAGUUCGCCUUCAAUGUGCAAAAGGUCAAUCUCAAGGUCACGCAACUGCACAUUCGAUCCAACCUGCUUGAACAGAUGAACACUUUGGCCAAGGACCAAAAUAUGCGAGUCACCCCGGGCGCUAUCAUCGAUGAGCGACAUCGCGUGGUGGACGAGCUGCUCGAUGUCCUAUACAACAUGCCAGAAGAGGUGUUUGAUGCUAACGGAUAUAGUAUUGUGCCGAAAAUUAGAGACAUUGGUGGCGCUCUUCUGGAUGAGCUGCGAACCGGAUCGCAAGGCACCACUCUACAAGCAAGCAUAAAUUUGGAUAAGCUUUUAGCGAAGCUGGAGAGCCUAGAUCAACGAGUUGCGGUGCAAACACCAUAUGUCUGA